UACGUUUCCCGUGCGGCGAGGAGCCCCGGCCGGCUCCGGCAUCGAAACCAGCAGGUAGUAAGGCUCGCGCACAAUGACUAACAAGGCCGCCACCGCCAGCAUCAUCGCCGCCGUGGGCGUUGUGGCCGUCAUCGGCACGAUCGCCGCGGUCACCACGUCCAAGAAGGCCAGCGACGAUGGUGGCAACAUGUCCACCAGCAUCAAGCUCUCCCAGCUCUGCUCUUCCACGCUGUACCCGGCCAAGUGCGAGAACAGCCUCACCCCCGUCGUCAACGAGUCUUCCAACCCGGAGGAGGUCCUCCGCGCCGCGCUCCAGGUGGCCAUGAACGAGGUCGGCGCCGCCUUCGCCAAAUACAGCGACGUCGGCAAGGGCGCCACCGACAAGAUCACCUUGAGCGCCAUCGGCGAGUGCAAGAAGCUGCUCGACGACGCCAUCGUGGACCUCAAAGACAUGGCCGGCCUCAGGGCCGACCAGGUCGUCGUCCAGGUCAACGACCUCAGGGUCUGGAUCUCCGGCGUCAUGACCUAUAUCUACACCUGCGCCGAUGGCUUCGACAAGCCGGAGCUCAAGAAGGCCAUGGACAAGCUGCUGACGAACUCCACCGAGCUCAGCAGCAACGCCCUGGCUAUCAUCACCCGCGUCGGCCAGUUCCUGCAUCAAGGGCAGGACGCCAAGAGUGGCUCCACUGUCGGAGGGAGCCGCCGACUUCUCGGGUGGUACAUGGGUGACGCGCACGACGUGGAAAGCAGGCGCCAGCUUCUAGCUAUCAAUGGCAGGCUGGAUGAGAUCGCAGUCGUGAGAGACGCGAGCCGGCGCCUCCUGUCAGAGACGAUGGACGAGAUCACUGAGAUGUCCCACGACGGAGACCGCCACCUGUCGGAGACGAUGGACCAGAUCGAUGAGAUGUCCCACGACGGAGACCGCCACCUGUCGGAGACGAUGGACCAGAUCGACGAGAUGUCCCAUGACGGAGACCGCCAACUGUCGGAGACGAUGGACCAGAUCGAUGAGAUGUCCCACGACGGAGAUCGCCACCUCUCGGAGACGAUGGACCAGAUCGAUGAGAUGUCCCACAACGGAGACCGCCACCUCCAAGACGUGAGUACGUCCAACCCCACCGGAAACGUGAGCACGUCCAACCUCACCGGAAAAGCGAACACGUCCCAGGUCAUGUCGUUCGGCGAUGGCUCGUCGGCCUCGAUGUUCUUCGGGGUCUCCAACCUGACUAAGGAGGCCGACUUCGUCCGGCGCCGGCUGCUGAGCAUGACGUACGACGGCUCAUCUGAGAACGAGGUUAAACAAUACGGUGAAGGCAACAAGCGAAGGCUCCUCAACGACCCCUUGUCGGAGGACGAGGUUAAACAAUACGGUGAGGGCAACAAGCGAAGGCUCCUCAACAACCCCUCGUCGGAAGACGAGGUUAAACAAUACGGUGAGGGCAACAAGCGAAGGCUCCUCAAUGAUGCCUCGUCGGGGGACGAGGUUAAGCAAUACGGUGAAGGCAACAAGCGAAGGCUUCUCAACGAUGCCUCGUCGGAGGACGAGGUUAAACAAUACGGCGAAAGCAACAAGCGAAGGCUCCUCAACGACGUCUCGUCGGGGGACGAGGUUAAACAAUACGGCGAAGGCAACAAGCGAAGGCUCCUCAACGACGCCUCGUCGGGGGAUGAGGUUAAUCAAUACGGCGAAGGCAACAAGCAAAGGCUCCUCAACGACGCCUCGUCGGGGGACGAGGUUAAACAAUAUGGCGAAGGCAACAAGCGAAGGCUCCUCAACGACGCCUCAUCGGAUAAUGAGGUUAAACAAUAUGGCGAAGGCAACAGGCGAAAGCUCCUAUCCACUCAGAUGCAGAGCAUUGCCGACAUGUCAGCGCAGAUGAACCGCCGCCUCCUCGCGACGGAGCUCCCCGAGGACCUCGCCGGCAAGCGUCAGCUCCUGUCCAACAAGCUCGUCAUGAUCUACGAAGUCGCCAAGGAGGCCAACUGCGAGCUCGAGGCGAUCGGCAACGGCAGGAUCCCCGAGGAGGAGGAGGAUCAGAGGGUGCUGGCGACGGAGGUUGUCGGCACGAUCGAAGACCUGCCCAACAACCACCGCCGCAAGCUGCUGUCCGCCGGCGUCUUCCCGGAGUGGGUGUCGUCCCACACCCGGAGGCUCCUCCGGAUUCCCGGCGGGCUGCAGAAGCCCAACGCGGUGGUGGCCGCGGACGGGAGCGGCAACUUCAAGACCAUCACGGAGGCCCUCAACUCCGUGCCCAAGAAGUCCACCGCACGCUUCGUCAUCUACGUCAAGGCCGGCGAGUACAAGGAGUACGUCACGGUCAACAAGGACCUGGCCAACGUCUUCAUGUACGGCGACGGGCCCACCAAGACCCGGGUCAUCGGCGAUAAGAGCAACAAGGGAGGCUUCGCCACCAUUGCCACCCGCACCUUCUCGGCGGAGGGGAACGGGUUCAUCUGCAAGUCGAUGGGAUUCGUGAACACGGCGGGGCCGGACGGGCACCAGGCAGUGGCGCUGCACGUGCAGGGCGACAUGUCGGUGUUCUUCAACUGCAGGUUCGAGGGGUACCAGGACACCCUGUACGUGCACGCCAACCGGCAGUUCUUCCGCAACUGUGAGGUGCUGGGCACCAUCGACUUCAUCUUCGGCAACUCGGCGGCGGUGUUCCAGAACUGCCUCAUGACGGUGCGGAAGCCCAUGGAAAGCCAGGGCAACAUGGUGACCGCGCACGGGCGCACUGACCCCAACAUGCCCACCGGCAUCGUGCUCCAGGGGUGCAAGAUCGUGCCAGAGGACGCGCUGUUCCCCGUCAGGCAGACGGUCCCCAGCUACCUCGGACGGCCGUGGAAGGAAUACUCGAGGACGGUGGUCAUGGAGAGCACCAUCGGCGACCUCAUCAAGCCCGAGGGGUGGUCGGAGUGGAUGGGUGACUUCGGGCUCAAGACGCUCUACUACGCCGAGUACGCCAACACCGGGCCCGGCGCCGGGACAAGCAAGAGGGUGACCUGGCCGGGGUACCGUGUCAUCGGACAGGCCGAGGCCACGCAGUUCACCGCCGGCGUGUUCAUCGACGGCAUGAGCUGGCUCAAGAACACCGGCACGCCUAACGUCAUGGGCUUCAUCAAAUGAUCGAGCCAGUUUGCCGGCCAUUUGACUCCGGCCGGCCGCGUGCAUGCAUGCAUGCAUGCAUGCGCUCGUCCGGUGGAUGCUUGACGAGACACGUGGAAUUUUAGGAAGAAAUUAAGGAAGGAGACAUUCUUUAUUUGUACAGAAGUACAAAAGCAGUUCAAGCAAAAGAAUUUCUCUGUGUAAUGUAAUUGAUUAGAACAUUCCAACAUGGCUUGAUGUAUGUUUUUUUUGUCCAGACUUAUACUGUCUAACGAACUUGAAGGGAAAUAGCAUUGGAUAUAAACAUGAGCUUAUUUGAUAGGAGUUACAUGUUCUUCUUCUUUUUUGCAAGAUAUGUUC